CGGCCGACAAGCUCAGGCAGGACUUGCCCGACUGGACGUGACUCUCCAGCGCGCCUCAACACAUCCCACACGUCCAGGACGCAUGCAACAGGCACAACGUCCAGCGUGACGUACGCGACAGGGACAACGUCCAGCGUGACGCAAAGAUGUCAUUAUAAAUGAGGACUUGCAGUGAAUUGUCAAGUUGUGGUGAAGUGUGGCACUGUGCACAUGUGGCAACCAGUGGACAGUGAAGUGUGGCACCGUACACACGUGACAACCAGUGGACAGUGAAGUGUGGCACCGUCACUGUGAGUGGCGGAAGGAGCACACGAGGGUGCCCAGGUGAGGGACAAUCAAUGUUGAAGGCGGAGGUAGGAGGAGGAGGAGGAACCAGAGGCCACCAAGAUGGUACACAAGAUCUUCUCCGAGGUGAGGUCACACCGCACCUACACCGCUCUUCAUGACCAAGACCCACUGCCGGAGAAGGUGUGGCUGUACCCGGAGGAGGGGUGGGCGAGGGCAGCGUGCAACAGCCACUGGCUGCUCAAGACACCAUGGUGGUCCAGGAGACACUGCUAUAUAUUGGAGGUGGAGGGAACCAAGAGACACAAGACUGUGGGUCGCCUCCUGCCGGCACGAGAAGGGGAGGUGGUGGUGGAAGGCAGCUUCCGGGGACUCCCAGACGGCGACUUCCGGCUAGUGCUGACCUCGACGCUGACCCCGGCUGACCAACAGAGAGGGUACCACAUGACCGGCUCGCUAGAGAGGGGCGACAGGAAGCUGGGCCAGUGGCAGACUACGCACCUCGCUGUCACCAAGAGAUCUGGCUUCUCCUGAACACAACAACUGGUUCCUCUUAUAUCAAUCUCAAGGAAUUUGUGUCAACCCCAAAUGUUGACUCCAAGCCAGUUCCAGCACACACUUGAUGUCAGCCCACACGUAGUGAAAAGGUGUGCUUCCAGCAAUUAACAUGUGACUGGCUGGAGAGGGUGACAGUUACUGGCUGGAGAGGGUGACAGUAGCCUGGAGCUUGUCACACUGCAGGCACUGAGGCCUCCCAGUGCUCAAGUGUAGCCCCAUCACCGUUCGUCAUUCGCCUGUACACUCUACACUGCGUGACCUCCCUUCACACCCACACAACCUCAGCUAGCCAGCGUCAGGUUUCCUUCCAGCCAAUCAUCCAGUCCCCAAUACGAGCUUGACGAGUGCCCGUAGUCCUCAGUCACCCCUCACUCAACACCCAUCCCGCCACUUGCAACGCUCACCUCACCAUCCCCACUACACUCAUCUCACUCCAGUGUCCAAGUCUUCUUGAGUGUUGUUGAAUUAAAAACAUGUACAAAGAUUAUUUAUAAUUUUAGUGUCAAGAUUUAAAAUCUGUUUUUAUUUUGUCUUUUGAGAUUUAAAUUUGAGAAUAAUGAGAAAGUGAAAGUGUGCUGUAAUUAUCUGGCGACUGGAGACGAUUAUCAAGGGUUUGCAGGUUGUCCCAUGGGUGGUGUCUGGUGACCAGUGCUGCCACCACCAAGAAGGGGAGCCCAGGAACUGGAUCAUGAAAGCACACCUGGUAGAAGUACACAGGCACACAAACCAAACAGUCCCUGGACGUGGACACCAUUAACUCUCUCCAUCCCUUAACACGGUACGUGAUAGUAAAGCCAGGGUGAGGAUAAGGCCUGGAGGGGGAGGGGAGGGGGGGAAACACAGCCUCUCAAGAAACCGAUUGAUUGAUAAAGAUUAAGCCACCCAAAAAGGUGGCACGGACAUGAAUAGCCCGUAAGUGGUGGCCCUUUUGAGCCAUUAUCAGUAUCAAGAGCUGAUACUGGAGAUCAGUGGAGGUACGACUGCACCCUGUGUGACGGGAGAUGUCUCCCCUCAAGAACCCGUGAAGCGUCUCUGGUGGUCAAGAAGACAAGCACACAGCCUGUCGUGUAGAAGCAACUCGCUGGGUCAAGUUACUGCGUCGUGUUCCUGAAGGUGUUCCAGCACACCUCCACUAGUCUCGCUCGUACUCUAACAAUCAUAAAGCAUUUCCCAAACAACCGUCAGAUAUGGCCAGGUUAUAUAUUGAGAGGAACAGUUUUCGUGUAUUGAGAGAAACGGUAUUGACAGGUUGUAUAUUGAGAGGAACGGUUUGUCAUCGUUUGUGUGCGAGACGUUGGUGGUAGAGAGCGUCAUGCAGUCAGCCUUCCCUGUCUUGUGCCACACAUUACAUGUGCCUUACUGUGUCUCAACUGCUGCUCUCUGCACGUGUAGUGUAUGUGUGUGUGUUUACUAUUUGUAUCUGCAGAAUCGAGGUAUUGUCUCUUGGACCCCGCCUUUCUAACCGUGUGUGUGUGUAUUCACCUAGUUGUGUUUGCGGG